AAAUGGCCCGCUGUUCCCCUCUUGUUUCCAGCGCGGCGCUGGGACCUGCAGACUGCUGCGUUCGUUUCCACGAUGGCGGAGGACUCCGGUGCCAUCCUCCGCCACAUAUCCUCCCUCAAGGACAUGCUCGACAAGGUUAACAAAGAGAUUGAACAAAAUAUUCAAAAGACAAGGGAAAUAGAGUCAGAAAUAGUGAGGCAUUCUGAAACUGAAAAGGAGUAUCUCAUGAAAGAGUCUGAACUAAUGAAAGGAGUAUCAAUUGCUGAGUUUGAACUCAAUGGUAUUAUACAACUGGCUGCUGCUGAAACAGACUCACUUAAAGUGAUGGAAGGCAAUUUGGAAUUCCAGAAAGCUACUCUGAAUGGAAUUAGGAAAAGAUUUUCUAAGAAAAUGGAGAAGUUUAUCGAAGAAUCUAAGGGGUUUCAGGCUAACAUGCUUGGAGAUUUGAACAAGGAUUUAGUUCUUCUACUUAAGGAGAAAGGUUCACUAGGGGAUGAGUGUGAGAACCUAAAAAGGAAGGUCAACACAAUAGAAUGUUCAUCACAUGAUUACAUUGCUGACACUCUUCAGGAGCUAAAUAUGGAUAAUUCAGUUUUGGAAUCUGAAUUACAGUAUAGGAUUUCAGAAUAUAUGGAUGUUCUGAAGGAUAUAAGCAACCUGAAGGCUUUAUUUAGCUCGACUAAUUCUUAGCGGAGGUACGAGUUGUCCAUAGCAUUCCAGAUUUUAUUUCUCCGCUUAAGGAGCAGUCUGCAUCAUUUUCUUGCAUGAGCUAUGGAGCAGACACUUAACUGAGUUCAGUUGUCCCCCUUGCACCCAUCAAAUCAAACUGAUUUGCUUUAA